GGAGACGCUACUUGCAGUGGCUGGCUGGCUGGCUCUCUGCCUACUCCCUAUUGAAUUUUUAGUUUUUACAUUUUUAUCUUUUCGACCUUCACAUCGCCUCUAUAAAUAACCCGAAGCCAUAGUCGCCAUUCUUGUGCUCAGCUCUCUCAUCCCUCUUCGUAUUUACACUCAGAAGGAAGGAGAACCCCGUUUCUUACUCGGUACCCUUUCUUCUCCCCGGUUCCUUCUCCGCAAGGUACGCUUGCGCUCCGUCGUCCAAUUUUCCUUCCCGUCGUCGUCACUCUGUUUAUAUGUAAUUUGUAUUUACCCCCCUUGGUUUUCUUCCUACUUUCCACUCGAUUUCUUACCCUGAUCUGACUGUCCCUUCUCCCUUUCGCUUGACCGAAUUCUCUGUUUCUUGAUUAGUCUCAUUGCAGUUCUUUUUUGUUUGUUAAUCGCAGAGAUCUGAUAAAGAGAAAUGGGAACCCAGUCCCACAUUGCCGGAUAUCCUCGUAUGGGCCCCAAGAGGGAGCUCAAGUUUGCCUUGGAGUCUUUCUGGGAUGGCAAGAGCAGUGCUGAGGAUUUGCAGAAGGUGUCUGCUGAUCUCAGGUCAUCCAUCUGGAAGCAGAUGUCUGAUGCUGGCACCAAAUACAUCCCUAGCAACACUUUCACUUACUAUGAUCACGUGCUUGACACCACAGCCAUGCUCGGCGCCGUUCCACCUAGGUACGGAUGGAAUGGUGGUGAGAUCGGGUUCGAUGUGUUCUUCUCCAUGGCUAGAGGAAAUGCAUCUGUCCCUGCUAUGGAAAUGACCAAGUGGUUUGACACCAACUACCAUUUCAUUGUCCCUGAGUUGGGUCCUGAAGUUAACUUCUCGUAUUCUUCUCACAAGGCUAUCAAUGAAUACAAGGAGGCCAAGGCGCUUGGAGUCGAUACUGUUCCCGUUCUUGUUGGUCCAGUCUCCUACUUGUUGCUAUCCAAGCCUGCCAAGGGUGUUGAGAAGACGUUCUCUCUCCUCUCCCUGCUUGACAAAAUCCUCCCAGUUUACAAGGAAGUUAUUUCCGAGCUUAAGGCUGCCGGUGCAUCCUGGAUUCAGCUCGAUGAGCCUACACUUGUGAUGGAUCUUGAUUCUCACAAAUUGAAGGCAUUCACCGAGGCCUACUCCGAGUUGGAGUCGACCCUUUCUGGCUUGAAUGUUCUCGUUGAGACUUACUUUGCUGAUAUUCCUGCUGAGGCAUUCAAGACCCUCACCUCAUUGAAGGGUGUCACUGCUUAUGGUCUUGAUUUGGUCCGUGGAACCAAGACCCUUGAUUUGGUGAAGGCUGAGUUCCCCAAGGGCAAGUAUCUGUUUGCUGGUGUGGUUGAUGGAAGGAACAUCUGGGCUAAUGAUCUUUCUUCUUCUCUUAGCACCUUGGAAUCUCUUGAGAGCAUUGUGGGCAAAGACAAGCUGGUUGUGUCUACUUCAUGCUCCCUCCUCCACACCGCUGUUGAUCUUGUCAAUGAGACUAAGUUGGAUGAUGAAAUUAAGUCAUGGCUUGCCUUCGCUGCUCAGAAGGUUGUGGAAGUGAAUGCUUUGGCCAAGGCCUUGGCUGGCAAGAAGGAUGAGUUACAGCAAUUCUUCUCAGCUAAUGCUGCUGCCCAAGCAUCAAGGAAGUCAUCACCAAGGGUGAACAACGAGGCUGUUCAGAAGGCUGCUGCCGGUUUGAAGGGUUCUGAGCACCGCCGUGCUACAAAUGUUAGUGCUAGGUUGGAUGCUCAGCAGAAGAAGCUUAACCUGCCAAUCCUUCCAACCACCACCAUUGGCUCUUUCCCGCAAACCGUUGAACUCAGGAGGGUUCGCCGCGAGUACAAAGCCAAGAAGAUCUCAGAAGAGGAAUACAUCAAAGCCAUCAAGGAGGAAAUCAAAAAAGUUGUCGAACUACAAGAGGAGCUCGACAUUGAUGUUUUGGUUCAUGGAGAGCCUGAGAGGAACGAUAUGGUUGAGUACUUUGGGGAGCAACUGUCAGGUUUUGCCUUCACUGUCAAUGGGUGGGUGCAAUCAUACGGAUCUCGCUGUGUGAAGCCACCAAUCAUCUAUGGUGAUGUCAGCCGCCCCAAGCCAAUGACCGUCUACUGGUCCUCUGCUGCUCAGAGCAUGACUUCUCGCCCAAUGAAGGGAAUGCUUACUGGCCCUGUCACCAUCCUCAACUGGUCCUUCGUCCGAAAUGACCAGCCAAGAUUUGAGACCUGUUACCAGAUUGCUUUGGCCAUCAAGGAUGAGGUAGAGGACCUUGAGAAGGCCGGUAUCAAUGUCAUCCAAAUUGAUGAGGCUGCCUUGAGAGAGGGGCUUCCUCUUAGGAAGUCUGAGCAGGCUUUCUACUUGGAAUGGGCUGUUCACUCCUUCAGGAUCACCAACAUUGGCGUCCAAGACACCACUCAGAUCCAUACCCAUAUGUGCUACUCCAACUUCAACGACAUUAUCCACUCCAUCAUCGACAUGGAUGCUGAUGUCAUCACCAUUGAGAACUCUCGCUCCGACGAGAAGCUCCUGUCUGUGUUCCGCGAGGGAGUGAAGUACGGUGCUGGAAUCGGCCCUGGUGUCUAUGACAUCCACUCUCCUAGGAUACCAUCCACUGAGGAAAUCGCCGACAGGAUCAACAAGAUGCUUGCUGUGCUCGAGAAGAACAUCCUGUGGGUCAACCCGGAUUGUGGUCUCAAGACCCGCAAGUACCCUGAAGUGAAGCCGGCUCUCCAGGCCAUGGUUGCAGCAGCCAAGGCCCUCCGCACCCAGCUUGCCAGCGCCAAGUGAAGAAGCGAUUUGGUGGUUUAGGAAAACUGCUGAUGAAUGGUGAAAACGGAUUUUUACAUAUUUUGCUUUUCCGAGGAAAACACAGAAGGGAAUAUUAUUGUUUGACUCAAUAACUGUGGUUGUCCAGUAUAGUAGGGGAGAACAGAUGCUUUCCUAGAGUGGGCAUUGAGUUUGCUUUCCUUUAUUUGCUUUUGGGAUUUUUGUUAUAAUUCUUCUUGUUUUGGUUCCGUCAAGUUUGUUGUACCCUCAAAUUUCUUUUUCAAGAGAUGUCGAUUGCUUAGUAGUUGUUGAAAUUGAGAUCGCUGGUUCCCUCCCUACCCAACUUCUCCCAUCAACUUCUCCGUUGCCUAUUUCGUCCAAUGACGAGAAAUUUAGUUACCCCUGCUAUUUUUUUUCCUGUGUGAUGUGGCUGACUAUUGUCAUUGGCUGACAAAUCAAUGAUGAAUAGUUAGAAUACAGGGUGACAAUCGAGUCGAAUUUUGAUUAAUAUGCUCAAAUCAAG